UGAGAGAGAGAAAGGAAAAACAAAUCAUUGUAGAUUUUUAUUUUGCCUUUUUUUUCUUCCGAAAAAGUGCAUUUUUUAAAAAAUAAAAACGAUCGGUUUGAAUUUUGAACCGAGCGGCGCCAUAUUGGAGCCGUUGUAGAUUUUUUUUUAAUUUUACAAAAAAAUCUCUUCCCGUUAAUUUUAAAACAACCCCCCGGGCCCUCGUUGGCCGCGAGUUUUUUUUUCCCCUGUCCCACGGAAACGUCGACGAAUCGAGGAAGGAUUGCAAACGCCUCGCCAUUUCUACCCAGGAGGCCGGCAGCGGGUUCGCCCCUCGUUCUUCGUUCCCCAACCCUCCCUCCUCCUCCUCCUCCUUCUUCUAAAACGUCGGUGUAAAAUGUUUUUUUAAGCUCGGAGUGUGUUGGAGGCGGUUAACGGGCGGAACCGCGGCUGAAUUCAGCGGGAGCUUAAAAUGGCGGCUCCGAGGCCGGAGCACGAAGAUGUCGGGGAGGAGCGUGGGAUCAGCUACACUGCGGCAGCAACCAUCCCCUCGCUCCCUUUUGUGCUUCACAUGGACGCUUUUACAAAGCAUGGACUGCCUUUCCACUUCUACCACGUCAAAAGUUCGAUUUGUGCCGCAUUUCUCGACAGACAGCACCUUCACAUCUUCGGAGUGAUCGGGACUGCAACGAACUGCCUCUUUUGUUUCUCUGGACUUUUCAUUAAAACUGUGAACAUUUCGUACACUCGGUUGGGUUGCCUGGCAAGUGAUGGGAUUUCUUUUUACUGAAGGACUCUUAAUCCGUGCUAUUGAAAUGAAGUCAGCCGAUGCAAAAUGCUCUUUGUUUUGGACUCUUGCGCUGUUAAGAUUUGUGGACAAUGGAAUGCACCCACUUGGAAGAGGUGGAGGCGUUGUAGCUGUUUCUGCCGGAGAAGCUGCCACCAGCUGAGGAGAAUUUCACACCAAAGUAUCUGGCUAGUGGCUAUUAGAAGGAAUCCAGGCUUUAGUUCGAGAUGUGCUGUGGAAACAGUGCCGAAACAACUCCCAGACAAGUGGCAGCAUGACCUUUUUGACAGUGGUUUUGGCGCUAGCGGCGGUGUUGAAACUGGCGGAAAACUCUUGGUGUCCAACUUAGACUUUGGUGUGUCUGAUGCAGAUAUUCAGGAACUUUUUGCUGAAUUUGGGACAUUGAAGAAAGCAGCUGUGCAUUAUGAUAGAUCGGGUCGCAGCCUAGGGACGGCAGAUGUACACUUUGAGCGAAAAGCAGAUGCUCUGAAAGCUAUGAAGCAGUAUAAUGGAGUACCUUUAGAUGGACGACCAAUGAACAUUCAACUGGUUACCUCACAAAUUGAUGCCCAAAGGAGACCACUUGUCAGUGGAAACAGAGGAUUAAACCGAUCUCGUGGUAGUGCUUUUGGAGGUGGAAGCAGGCGAUCCAGAGGCAGCAACAGAGGUGGGAGAGGUCGUGGGGGAAGGAAUCCAAGGCAGCAGCUAUCAGCAGAAGAACUGGAUGCCCAAUUGGAUGCUUAUAAUGCCAGGAUGGACACAAGUUAAGUGACCUUGAAAUUGACUCGCCAGUGGCUGAUUUUUUUUUUUUCCUUGUGGGAGGGACAUGAACAAUGUAGUCUAGUAACUCCGUGAAAUAGGUUUUUAAAUAUAUGUAACUUUUUAAGUCACAGUCCUGUUUUGUACUGAAUGUUUUCAUUUUGGGAUACGUUUUAUUGGUUGCAUGUCUUCAUGGGAGGAUGGACUUGCCCAGCCAGACCAUGAAAUAAAUGCGCAUUGUUAACUGAA